GGUGGCCGCUUCCUCCCCAAACGGGAGCGGUGACGGGUGCGGCGGCUCCUGAGGCAGCGGCGGGCGCGGGGCGAAGCGGCGGGGCGGGGGCGGCGCGGCCGGCGGCAGGAAGGGAUAAAAACAUGGGAGAAAGAGAACACAGCUAGAGAGCAGCUACUUAUGAGCAGCAUAUGAAGAAGAAGUUCAAGGACUUAAUUAAUGUUUCAGGAGUUCUGACGUAACCAUGAUAGAAGACAAAGGUCCACGAGUGGCUGACUAUUUCGUAGUGGCAGGGCUCACUGAUACAGACACCGCAACCCUCCUGGACCAGGAAAUCAGCCGACAUGAAACGAAGUCAACUGGUCCCAAGGCUCCAAUUACUGACAUUGCUGUGAUAAUUAAAUCAGCUGGUGAAACUGUCCCAGAGGGAUAUACCUGUGUUGAGGCCACCCCUACAGCCCUCCAAGCCAACUUAAACUAUGGGAGUCUAAAGAGUCCUGAACUUUUUCUGUGCUACAAGAGAGGCCGGGACAAACCACCUCUUACUGACAUCGGAGUUCUCUACGAGGGGAAGGAACGCAUCAUUUCAGGCUGUGAGGUGAUACAAGCUACUCCGUAUGGUCGUUGUGCUAAUGUUAACAACAGCUCGGCUUCCUCGCAACGCAUCUUCAUCACCUACCGAAGGGCCCCUCCAGUGCGACCCCAGAAUUCACUGGCAGUGACAGAUAUCUGUGUUAUUAUUACCAGCAAAGGGGAAACCCCUCCUCACACGUUCUGUAAAGUGGAUAAGAAUUUAAACUGUGGGAUGUGGGGUUCCAGUGUAUACCUUUGUUACAAGAAGUCUGUGCCAGCUUCUAACUCUUUAGCAUAUAAAGCUGGCUUACUUUUCAGAUACCCUCAAGAGAACUAUGAGUCAUUUCCGCUAUCAGACUCUGUACCUCUAUUCUGCCUUCCUAUGGGAGCUACUAUUGAAUGCUGGGACCCUCAAACCAAAUAUCCACUACCAGUGUUCUCAACAUUUGUACUGACCUGCUCUUCAGCAGAAAAGGUUUACGGUGCUGCUAUCCAGUUUUAUGAGCCUUAUCCCCGGGAGCUGCUAACAGAAAAACAGCAAUCACAGCUGGGUCUUCUGACAACUGUAGAGAGAAAAGUGAUUACUUCCAAGUCCAUCAAUUCAAACAAAUGCAUCUGUCUUCUCUCACACUGGCCCUUCUUUGAUGCAUUUCGAAAAUUUCUUAUGUUCAUCUACAAACUCUCUGUCUCUGGACCUCAUCCUCUUCCCAUUGAAAAGCAUAUAUCCCAUUUUAUGCACAAUAUACCUUUCCCUUCACCACAAAGGCCAAGGAUUCUUGUGCAGCUUUCUGCCCAUGAUGCAUUAAUAUUGUCACAGCCAGUUUCUACACCGUUGCCAUUAAGUGGAGCAAACUUUAGCACUUUGCUCAUGAAUCUUGGACCAGAAAACUGUGCCACUCUGCUACUCUUUGUAUUACUAGAAGGCAAGAUCCUCCUCCACUCCCUUAGACCAGCUGUGUUGACAGGAGUUGCUGAAGCUGUAGUAGCUAUGAUAUUUCCAUUUCAGUGGCAAUGUCCAUAUAUCCCCCUCUGUCCUUUGUCUCUGGCCACCGUACUCAGUGCACCUCUUCCAUUUAUUGUUGGAGUUGAUUCACGAUACUUUGAUCUGUACGAUCCACCACAGGAUAUUGUGUGCAUUGACUUAGACACAAACAUGGUUUACAUAUCAGAUGAUAAGAAGAGCACCAACUGGAAGCAGUUUCCUAAAAAGCCAUGUAAAAGUCUUCUCAGCACCUUAAAGAAACUGCACCCACAGCUUGCAGCAGUUCACAGGAAAACUCAAGAAGGCUCUGCAGUGGAAAUGACUCCUAUAGAGGCAGAUUUCUCCUGGCAGAAGAAGAUGAUAGAACUUGAGAUGGAGAUCCAGGAAGCUUUUCUCCGUUUCAUGGCAUCUAUCUUGAAGGGUUACAGAACAUUCCUCAGGCCAAUCACACAGGCACCUUCUAAUAAAGCAACUGCUGCCGAUUCGUUGUUUGAUCAUCAAGGAUUUUUAAAAAGCAGAGACCGGGCCUAUACGAAGUUCUACACGCAUCUCACCAAAACACAGAUAUUCAGCCGCUUUAUUGAAGAGUGCAGUUUUGUGAGCGACAAGGAUACUGGCUUGGCAUUUUUUGAUGACUGCAUAGAAAAGCUCUUUCCCGAUAAAGGAACGGAAAAAGGAGAGAAGGUCGAUGUAGAUUCUGUUGAAGAUACACGCUUGAUUGAGCUUGAUGAGUCACAAAAAAGUGAGCACACAGUGUUCAUAAUGCCACCAGAACCACCUGCUGAUGAUGGACAGGACCGAGUGCCAAAAUACAGCUAUAAAAACUUCCCGCGAUUAGAUUUCAAGCUCUUUGACAGGCCACAGGAGCUCAAGCUCUCCUUCAGCAGACACCCAGCUGGAAGCAGCAUUUCAAAUAGUCCAGCACUCAUGGCAAAGAGGACAAAACAGGAGAUAAAAACAGCCCAUAAAUUAGCCAAGAAAUAUUAUGUAAGCCCCUCCCAGUGGGCUAAGUGUCUCUUCAGUCAUAGUUACAGCCUAUGGUUUAUUUGCCUGCCAGCCUAUGUCAGAGUUGCACAUCCUAAGGUCAAAGCACUGCAACAGGCCUAUGAUGUUCUGAUUAAAAUGAGGAAAACCGAAGUGGAACCACUAGAUGAGGUCUGUUACAGAGUAGUAAUGCAGCUCUGUGGACUGUGGGGUCAGCCUGUUCAGGCUGUGAGAGUCCUUUUUGAAAUGAAAAAUGCUGGAAUACAGCCAAAUGCCAUCACCUAUGGUUAUUACAAUAAGGCAGUUUUAGAGUCUUCUUGGCCUAGUGGUAACCGCAGUGGCAUAUUCCUGUGGACAAAGGUACGAAAUGUAGUUCGUGGCACAGCGCAGUUUAGGCAGUGCCUGAAGAAAUCAAUGCAGAGCCCACAAGUGCCUAUGAUACCAGCUCUGCGGAGUCCCACGGGUGGAAGUGAUGGGGACAUGGUGAGCCAUGGUAGCGUGGAUAGUUCUAAUGAUGCUAACAGUGGGGAGCACACCCUCUUCGUCAGUGACUUAGUCAGGCUUGAUUCCGUUGAUAAUCACUCUAGCACAGGUGAUCAGUCAGACCAGGGUUACAGAUCCAAGGAUGAACUCUUGAGAGAUGGUGAGGAUAGUCUUUCUGCAACUGAAACACAAGUAGAGAAAGAUAUUUCUUCUAACCUUGAAGACUUAAUAGGAGAGAUUUCUACAGAAAAAUCUUAUGAAAAGCAACAGCUGAAUAUAGAAACUCCGAGUCCAGCUGAUCCACAUGCUUGGGGUAACAGUAUUGUGAAAGUUCCAUCAGGCAUUUUUGAUAGCAGUGGAAGAAAGAGCAGUGAUGAAACUGUUUCUAGCCCACUGUUCAUAACUCAGGAUUCACUUGAAGAUACAGUCUUUGGUAAUGUUUCUCCUAAGAAAACAAAUGAAAAAAGACAGAAGAGGCAAAAACUCUUUUCACAGAGAAGCUGCAGUUUCAGCAGUGAAAGCAGAGCUGGAAUGCUGCUGAAAAAAGGCAGCUUGGACUUGCAUUCUAAAGAAAUAGCAAUAAUGAUGGGAGCAGAUGCCAAGAUCCUAACAGCAGCUUUAUCUGGGGCCAAAACUCCACCUUCUCAUAUGACUAAAUCACACAGUUUUGAAAAUAUCACUGACCAGCAGAUUUCUGACGUGAGUGGCACUUGGAGAGGUGUGACUGAGAGUGAUUGGGAACUAGAACAUAGGUCUUCACCAGUACUGGAAGAACCUGGGGAAGGGCAGGAGGAUCUUGAGAAUGGAAGUGAUGGAAAUAUGACCACAGUGGAAGACAUGAAUCUUGAACAGUCAGAUGAGUCUAAAAGCCAUAAAACAGAAUCUAAAGAUGCAACUGCUAGAAGAAAUAGCUUUUAUGGAUUGGUUAAGCCUAUUGAAAGGGAAGAUGUUGAAGUAGGCUUGGACCCUCUGUCUUUGCUAGCUACUGACAGUACACAAACAGGUUAUCCAGAACCUGGAGAAAAGCUGAUGUCACCAGUUGCAGCACGUAAUUUGGCAGAUGAAAUAGAGAGCUAUAUGAAUUUGAAGAACCCAUUGGGUAGUAAGUUUCCCAGCAUGGAACUGCACAAGCCAGAUAAGGAAGCAGAUACUUCUGGUACACUUGGUCACUCCCAAGAAAGAAGGUCAAGCCUGCCUUUGGAUCCCAUCCUGCCAUCCUCCAAGUGUUAUGAAAAUCGAAGAAGUCCUUCUGUCUCCAGAUCCAAAACAUUCGCUGUACGAUCAAAGCAACAAACUCACCCACAAGUUCAAAAGGAGCGGUCUUCAUCUUUGACAGGACUGGGUCGCUCUUCCCCACAUGGCUCACUAGGAACUGUUGUAACAACUUUAUCCAAUUUGAAGUUAGACAAUAUACUGUCUGGACCAAAAAUAGAUGUUUUGAAAACAGGCAUGAAGCAGGCUGCUAAUGUGGCCAGUAAGAUGUGGGGAGUGGUAACAUCAGCAUAUAGUUACUCAGAUGAUGAGGAAGAAAGAUAUCAACCAGACUAUAACUUCCCUGUGGGCUUUGAAGACACUAUUUUAGGAGAUAAUCUGUCAUCAAGAAUUGGAGUCCCAGGCCUACUUACAAAUGAACUUGCACAAAGCACUACUAGUCUUGGUAGUAGCAGCAGUGGUGGUGAUGUAGGAAGACAGCAUUACAGUGCAGGUGAAGUUUCAUUCCCAAAAAGUAUGAAAGUUCUAGAUUCUGAGAAAUCAGAGCACAGCUCUUCACAUAAUACUAGUUUAUCCAGCAUUUUCCAGAACUAUGCAAUGGAGGUCUUGAUGUCAAGUUGCUCUCAAUGUAGAGCUUGUGAUGCUUUAGUUUAUGAUGAAGAAAUCAUGGCUGGGUGGACAGCAGAUGACUCAAACCUGAACACUACCUGCCCUUUCUGUAAAAGUACCUUCCUACCUUUUCUUAAUGUUGAAUUUAAAGACCUCCGUGGCUCUGCAAGCUUUUUCCUGAAGCAAAGUACCUCAGGAGAUAGUUUACAGAGUGGCACCCUUCCAUUAACCACGGAUCCUCUGGAGCAGAAACCGUUGUCCAGUCCAGCCGUUGCUGACUUGAUCAGUUUUUCUGAUCACCUGCAGUCCAGCCACACCAUAGCUGAAGAAACUAGCUCUGCAGCUGAGCAGGGUGAUUUGGCAGAAGAACAGACUACAGAUCCCACCACCAUGAAGACACAUGCCAAUAAUCCACCAAAAAGGGGCGUGUCCUUGACUCGGAGCCACAGUGUGGGAGGUCCACUGCAAAACAUUGAUCUCUCCCAGAGACCAUCUCAUGGCAUUUCAACAGUUAGUCUUCCAAAUAGUUUGCAGGAAGCUGUGGAUCCUUUAAUAAAACAGCGGAACCCUGCCCCUGUAUCUGUACCUUAUUUGAGCCCUUUGGUACUGCAUAAGGAGCUUGAAUCACUCCUGGAGAAUGAGGGAGAGCAAGUAAUUCAUACAUCCAAAUUCAUCAAUCAACAUCCCAUAAUCUUCUGGAACCUAGUCUGGUAUUUUCAACGGUUGGAUUUGCCCAGCAACUUACCUGGACUCAUUCUGACAUCUGAGCACUGCAAUGAGGGAGUGCAGCUUCCUUUGACAUCUCUUGCUCAAGAUAGCAAGCUAGUAUACAUCCAUCUUCUAUGGGACAAUAUCAACCUCCACCAAGAGCCGGGGGAGCCCCUCUAUAUAUCUUGGAGAAAUCUCAGUAAGUAAAACAAAUGCUACAGAAAACAGAGGGAGAAGAGACUAUGGAAAGAAACCGUUGGUUUAUACUAGCUGAAGUGUACACAGCCCAUCAAUUUGCAGUAUUUUUUUAGUAUCUGAAGCAUCUGCAAUCCCUUUACAUAGUAUGGGUAUCAAAUUAGUUGUGAAAAUAAGUUUGAUCUGCUCAUCACAUGUCAUACACUUACAAGAUGCUCUAGACAUGGUGCUAAAUAACCCUCACUUGAUUUGAAUGCAUUAAGUUUCACUUCAGUUUCACUGCAUUAUCUGGUAAUAGCUACACAGGCAUGUACAAGAAGGCUCUGUUACAAAAAAGUAUCUUUUGUAACAUCACCAGGCCCUUUAAUAGGUACA